UCGCGCUGCGAUUUAGUUCACCUUUCAACCUGCUAUCGCCUUCGACCAAACUGCUUCUUGCCUUGGUUGCUGGUUUAACGUAUUCUUGAAUUAUAUUUCUUCAACGACUUUUGAUCUUUCAAUAUGGGUCCUAAAAAGGGAGUUAAGUUGAGCCUGGGCUCUUUCUUAGCCGAUGAGACUUUCGGAUCAUGGGCUGAUGAUAUGGUUGAGGACUUGCCUCCUAUUCCUUCGAGCAUGGGCAACGAUCGCUACGGCAACUCAUCGAACGACCGUUACGGCGACCGCGCUGAUCGCGGUGAAAGAUUCGGCAGUGGUGCGCCCGACCGCUACGUUCCCCCCUCGCGUCAAGAGCGUCCAGAGAGAGACUUCAACGAUCUGAGCCGAGGAAGCAAAUUCGAGAGCUCUGAGCCCCUCCGCGAUGGUCCGCGUGAUGAGUACAGACGCCAGGAGCGCGAGCCGCUGCCUAUCCCCGACGAGCCUCCUUUCACUGCUUUCAUUGGAAACCUUGCGAACGAAGCUGUCGACGAGGACCUUACUGCGUUCUUUGACGGAUUCCCGAUCAAGACUGUGCGCGUCAUUCGCGACCGCAUGGAGCAGCCAAAGGGAUUUGCUUAUGUCGAGUUUGAGGACAGAGAGGCUCUGGAGAAGGCGUUGGACAGAACUGGCGAGGAGAUUCUGAACCGCCCUGUCAGAAUCAACGUUGCUGACUCACCCAAGGAUGACCGUACAACCGGAGAGUGGAGAAAGAAGCCGUCUGACGGCAAGGUUCGCGAUUUCGGCAACUGGGAGCGCCGUGGCCCUCUCCCGGUGCCCGUCGAGGACCGACGCACGAGCUUCGGCAGCCGUUCGUCGUCCGGCUCGCGCUCGAACCGCGACAGCGCCGAGCCCGAGAACCCGCGCUCGUUCGACAACUGGCGCGGCCCACGAAACCCAGAGCCCGAGCGGAUGUUCCGCAGAGGCCGCACGCCCGAGCAGAACGACGGCGCGGACCAGCGCCCUGCUCCUACCGAGCGCAAGAGACUGGCACUCAAGCCGCGUACCGUGCCCGUUGAGGCUGCGGCUGCUCCGGCGCCUGCGCCCGUCACCAAGAGCAAGUCGAACCCGUUCGGCGGCGCUGCGCCUGUCGACACUGCGAAGAAGUUGGCCGAGAUCGAGCAGCGACUGGCCCAGAAGGAGGCCGAGCGCCGGCAAAAGCAGGCCGACGAGGCGAAGGAGCGCGAGGAGCGCGAGGCGGCGGCUGCUGCUGCGGCUAAGGCUGCUGCCGAGGAGACCGAUCGGGCGAUUAUGGCGCACCGAAAGACUGGUGACCACGCUCCGUCUGCUAUUGCUGCUGCUUCGCCUGCUCCUGUCGAGGAGAAGAAGGAGGAGUCCCCCGCGCCCGCGCCUCCCAAGAAGACGUUUGACGUUCUGCGCACUGCUGCUGCGGCCGAUGACGACUUUAUCCCGGAUGACGAGGACGAGGAGGCCGCUGCGGAGGAGGAGAAGAAGGAGACUGUUGAGGAGACACCUGUCCAGCAGGCUGCUGACGAGGCUGCUGACGGCGAUGACUGGUCGGUUGUGUCGAAGCCCGCGAAGAGAACCAACGGCAAAUAAGUCAUCGGUCACUAAACGAUUGAUUGGGCCUUUGGGAUGAGACGAGAAUGACAUGUUUACUCUGAGAAAAGAAUAUCACCGAGAUGGAUCGCAUGCUUAAUUGGAUGAAUGGGGGGCGGAGAUGACGCGCUUCGUCUACUUGUCUGGAUUUCUUAUUUCUUUCUUUCAUUUGCUUGAUUGUAGUUUUAUAUCUCUCUGCUUUUUAUUUCCUACUUUAUUUUACUAUUCUUGAUUACUUUAUGUGGUAUAUAAAAGUUCUAUCUAGUUUUUUCUACCGAUAUCGCGACGAGUACUACCGACGACUGUAGCAAGCCUGCCCUGUAGAAUAACCUGCUAGUAUAUUGGAAUAGUAGAGAUAACCGAGACUAUUUGAAGGAUAUAGUGAAUAGUUAUCAGAACAGUCCCUGGUUGAUG